UCGGAGCGCCGGACGCCGGCCGGCUGCGGUCCCCGCUGCAGCCGCUUCCUCCCGAGCGGGCUCGGCCCGGCGCGGCAGGCGGCCGGGGCGAUGUGAGCCGGGGCCCGCGGGCGCGGUCGGACCGCUGAGAUGUGGCUCAAGCCCGAGGAGGUGCUGCUGAAGAACGCCCUGAAGCUCUGGGUGACUCAGAAGAGCAGCUGCUACUUCAUCCUGCAGCGGCGCCGCGGGCACGGCGAGGGGGGCGGCCGCCUCACGGGUCGCCUGGUAGGUGCUCUGGAUGCAGUGCUGGAUUCCAAUGCACGGGUCGCUCCAUUUCGAAUUCUGCUUCAAGUGCCUGGGUCCCAGGUUUAUUCUCCCAUAGCAUGUGGUGCGACAUUAGAGGAAAUAAACCAGCAUUGGGACUGGCUGGAACAAAACCUCCUACAUACUUUGUCCGUCUUUGAUAAUAAAGAUGACAUUGCCAGCUUUGUCAAAGGGAAGGUAAAGGCUCUGAUUGCGGAGGAGACAAGCAGCAGGCUUGCCGAGCAGGAAGAAGAGCCUGAGAAGUUCCGAGAGGCCUUGGUGAAGUUCGAGGCCAGGUUCAACUUCCCGGAGGCAGAGAAGCUGGUCACCUAUUACUCCUGCUGCUGUUGGAAGGGCAGGGUUCCCCGCCAAGGCUGGCUGUACCUCAGCAUUAACCACCUCUGCUUCUACUCCUUCUUCCUGGGCAAAGAACUUAAACUUGUAGUCCCUUGGGUCGAUAUCCAGAAGUUGGAAAGAACGUCCAACGUCUUCCUGACGGAUACCAUCCGAAUCACCACGCAGAAUAAGGAGCGCGACUUCUCCAUGUUCCUGAACCUCGAUGAGGUGUUCAAGAUCAUGGAGCAGUUGGCGGACGUGACACUCCGGAGGCUCCUGGAUAAUGAGGUCUUUGACCUGGACCCAGACCUGCAGGAGCCGAGCCAGAUCACCAAGCGGGAUCUGGAAGCCAGAGCACAGAACGAGUUCUUCCGGGCGUUCUUCAGGCUGCCGAGGCGCGAGAGGCUGCACGCCGUGGUGGGCUGCUCCCUGUGGACGCCUUUCAGCCGCUGUCACACCAUGGGGCGGAUGUUCGCCUCCGACCGCUACGUCUGCUUCGCCAGCAAGGAGGACGGCUGCUGCAAUGUCAUCCUCCCACUCAGAGAGGUGGUGAGCAUUGAGAAGAUGGAGGACACAAGUCUGCUCCCUAAUCCCAUCAUCAUCAGCAUCAGGAGCAAGAUGGCCUUCCAGUUCAUUGAGCUAAAGGACAGAGAUAACUUGGUGGAGAGCCUGCUCAUGAGGCUGAAGCAGGUGCACGCCAACCACCCCGUGCAUUAUGACACCUCACGAGAUGAAGACAUGACUUCACCUGUGUUUCAUUCAACAAGCAUGUGCAGUGACCACAAGUUUGGGGAUCUUGAAAUGGUGUCCUCUCAAAAUAGCGAGGAAAAUGAAAAAGAGAAGAGCCCGCGGCUCCACCCUGAGGCCCUGAUCUCUGUGUUCCAGCAGGCGGGCAGUCAGAGCCCCGACUCACGAAUGUCCAGGGAACAGAUAAAAAUAAGCCUGUGGAAUGACCACUUUGUGGAAUAUGGCAGAACUGUGUGUAUGUUCCGCACAGAGAAGAUCCGGAAGCUUGUAGCCAUGGGGAUCCCCGAAUCUUUACGUGGCAGACUCUGGCUGCUUUUCUCAGAUGCUGUAACCGAUCUCGCCUCACAUCCGGGUUACUAUGGUAAUCUGGUGGAGGAGUCCAUGGGAAAAUGUUGCCUGGUGACCGAAGAGAUAGAACGGGACCUGCACCGUUCCUUACCGGAGCAUCCCGCCUUCCAGAAUGAAACGGGAAUUGCUGCUUUGAGGAGAGUCCUGACGGCCUAUGCCCACCGGAACCCCAAAAUUGGGUACUGCCAGUCCAUGAACAUCCUGACCUCCGUUUUGCUGCUGUACGCCAAGGAGGAGGAGGCCUUCUGGUUGCUCGUUGCCGUGUGUGAGCGGAUGCUGCCCGACUACUUCAACCACCGAGUCAUUGGGGCCCAGGUGGACCAGUCGGUCUUUGAGGAGCUCAUCAAGGAGCACCUCCCCGAGCUGGCGGAGCACAUGAACGACCUCUCAGCCCUAGCGUCCAUCUCUCUCUCCUGGUUCCUGACUUUGUUCCUCAGCAUUAUGCCUCUGGAGAGUGCGGUGAGCGUCGUGGAUUGCUUCUUCUACGAUGGGAUCAAAGCCAUUUUCCAGCUGGGGCUGGCCGUGCUGGAAGCCAACGCCCAGGGCCUGUGCAGCAGCAAGGACGAUGGCCAGGCCCUCAUGGUCCUCAGCAGGUUUCUAGAUCACAUUAAGAAUGAGGACAGCCCUGGACCCCCCGUCGGCAGCCACCAUGCCUUUUUCUCCGAUGACCAGGAGCCCUACCCUGGGACUGACAUUGCCGACCUGAUCCGGGACUCCUAUGAGAAAUUUGGAGACCAGUCUGUGGAGCAGAUCGAGCACCUGCGCUGUAAGCACAGGAUCAGGGUUCUCCAGGGCCACGAAGAUACCACAAAGCAGAACGUACUCCGCGUUGUUAUCCCGGAAGUCUCCAUUCCUCCUGAAGACCUGGAAGAACUCUAUGACUUAUUCAAGAGAGAACACAUGAUGAGCUGUUACUGGGAGCAGCCCCAGCCCAUGGCCCCGCGCCACGACCCCAGCAGGCCUUAUGCAGAACAGUACCGCAUAGAUGCCCGGCAGUUUGCGCACUUGUUUCAGCUUGUCUCGCCAUGGACCUGUGGGGCCCACACGGAGAUCCUUGCUGAGAGGACUUUCAGGCUCCUGGAUGACAACAUGGACCACCUGAUCGAAUUCAAGGCAUUUGUGAGCUGUCUCGAUGUUAUGUAUAAUGGAGAAAUGAAUGAGAAAAUCAAACUGUUAUAUAGACUUCACAUUCCUCCAGCACUCACUGAAAAUGAUCGAGACAGCCAGUCACCAUUAAAGAAUCCUCUAUUGUCGACAUCAAGACCCCUGGUUUUUGGGAAGUCAAAUGGUGAUGCAGCUGAUUAUCAGAAACAGCUGAAGCAAAUGAUUAAGGAUUUAGCCAAAGAAAAAGAUAAAACAGAUAAAGAGUUGCCCAAAAUGAGCCAGAGAGAAUUUAUCCAGUUCUGUAAAACUCUGUACAGUAUGUUCCAUGAAGAUCCAGAAGAAAACAAUUUGUAUCAAGCCAUCGCCACAGUAACCACCCUGCUGCUGCAGAUCGGGGAAGUGGGGCAGCGAGGCAGCAGCUCUGGAAGCUGCUCCCAGGAAGGCGGGGAGGAGCUGCGGGCUCCAGCUCUUUCUCCAGAGCAGGACUCGGUUUUUGCAGACACCAGCCCUGGCAAGAUUGCCCAGGACUCCCAGACAUUUCCUGAAGAGGCAGAAGGGGACUGGACUGUGUCCCUUGAGCAUAUUUUAGCUUCACUUCUGACUGAACAGUCGUUAGUCAACUUUUUUGAAAAGCCGCUGGACAUUAAAUCCAAACUUGAAAAUGCCAAGAUCAAUCAGUACAGUCUCAAAACUCUGGAAAUGAGCCGCCAAUCACAGCCUGAACUCAAGCUGAGUAGCCUGUAGCAAGAGAGCGGGUUGCAGAGACGAGUCUGCCAUACCAAAGCAUGGAGCAGUUUUGUGAGUUGUCAGCCUUAAAAUCCAGAUUUUAGUUGAAUUCAUUCUGAGUGUAUUUUACAAGCUGGGUAUCUGGAUAAGCAACCUGACAGCCACAGCUGUGGCCAGGGGAAUUGAUGCAACCCUCAAGCAUUUCUAUUUAUUAAAAGAGAAUUAUUAGUUGGAUAUUACAGUGCUAUAGGGUAUCCAUACAUUAGUUCCCUUGAUGCUGUGACUUGCAAUUUCACUUUUAUCAGAUUUGCUGAAAUUUCAGGGCACUUCUGCUGUGAUGCUAGUUAUGACUUCGUUCUCAGAUGGAACAGAAGAGUCAAAUGUAUCAUACUAAUAAACCACAGACAAAAGCCCAAGCUCUCAUUUUUCACUUGGAUAAUGGGAGAGAGGUCACAAAUCAAGUUCACUUUCAAGAUCCAAGAGCCACUAUCUGUGCAAUUGUAUUUGGCUUUUUUUGCACUAAUUUUGUUUCAAUGCUGGUAAUUGAAACCAUUUUAAUAUAUUUGGUUGUAUUCACUUUGUCCUUCCAAAAAAGUUGUGUACAAACCAUGCUUUCAACGUUGGCCUCCAAGUUUUUUAAUAAAUAAAUUUUUGUAUU